GCUAGACUUAACGGCAGCGUCGUUCUCUAAAGGAACUACAAUUCCCAGGAAACACCUGAAGUACGCGUUCAUAUGUUGUCUGGAAGGUACGUAUUCAUGAGGUCGUAGUCUCCAGCGCAGCAGGCUGAGCAGCAAAUGGUUGUGCUCGAUCUUGCUGUAGAUUGUCAUGAUGGAGGGUGACAACAAACCAGUCUACGAGCAGAGCUUCAAUGCUGCUGUCAAAGUCAUCCAAAGUUUACCUUCAAACGGUUCGUUUCAGCCUUCCAAUGACAUGAUGCUGAAAUUUUACAGCUACUACAAGCAAGCGACACAAGGCCCCUGCAACAUUCCCCGUCCAGGGUUCUGGGACCCUAUUGGCAAAGCCAAAUGGGAUGCAUGGAAUUCUCUUGGGGAAAUGCAGAAGGAGGAGGCCAUGGCGGCCUAUGUGGAAGAUUUGAAACUGAUUCUGGAAAGUAUGCCUGUAACAAAUGAGGUCGAGGAGCUUCUGCAGGUCAUCGGACCAUUCUAUGAGCUCGUUGACGACAAGAAGAAGAUAAUGCAAGUGUCAGAUUUGAGCACAGCCCGCUUGGAAAGAUUUGCUAGGCAACUUGAAGGGUUUGGGAGCAUGCUAACAUCACCACCCAAAAGUGUCACAAAAAGCAUCAUCAGGACGAUGGAGAUGAACGGCAGCCUGGACAGUUACCCCAUCAAAAUAUCAGAAACUCAACAGAUUAAAUCAAUAGACAUGAAAGACGGAGAAGAUGAUAAUGAAGAGGAAGAGAAAGAUGCAGAAGAGGAGGUUAAAGAGGUGAAAAAAGCCUCCCAACUGAAGAAAAGGGCUUCUGCAGGAAGACCUAAAGGACGGAUAUCUAAUGGAAGUAUCGGCCAACAUAAAGUCCUUGCCAAUGGAACGCAUGGGUCCAAGUCUGAUCUGAACAGGCAGGAGACAGAAGAAGACUCUGAAAGCUUUAACCACGAGAGAGACAUCAUAGAGAUGAAUGGACACAUCAAAGCAGAAGACGUGUCCAGUUCUCUCCAUGUGGCCAGUGAUUCGGACAGUGAGGUGUACUGUGACUCUGUCGACCAGUUUGGUGGGGAAGAGGGAUCUGAGCUACAUGUCAGCCACUCACUGGACGUGGCAGAGGAGAGCCACAGCACACUGUCCUCCACAGGAGAGGUCAGAUCAGAAGAGGAACUGCUGGGACGGGAGGAAGGCGUACAGCACGGCGGAGAAGACGGACGGAGCAGCAGAGGCGGUUCUCAGAGGCAGGGACUUCCUGCGAUUAGAAGUGACAGAUCUGUGGUCAGGAGGGGAAGAGGGUCCAGGCCACCUGCCUUUGGCUCGGGGUCAGCGGGACCGCAGCAGGGCAGUGGGGGAGAUGGGGAACGCUGGGGGACGGAUGGAUCAGCAACACAGAAUCUAAAUGAACAGAUAAUCUGUGCUCUGGCCAGACUGCAGGACGACAUGCAGAGCGUGUUAGAGAGGCUACACACAUUGGAAGCUCUCACAGCCUCACAGGCCAGAUCCUUAGCACUGCCAUCAGACUACCUGUCACCACCUGCAAAUAAAACGAAGAAGAAGCCAUCCUGGUGGCCUUUUGAUGUGUCUCCUGGGACUGUGCUGUUUGCUGUCAUCUGGCCGUUUGUGGUGCAGUGGCUCAUCCGUCUGUAUGUGCAGCGCAGGAGGAGAAUCAACUGACUGAUGGUUUGACUGCUCUGCAGACCCAGAGGAGAGUUUGUCAGCUUGUCCCGUGAUCUCGAACUCCUGCUCUUGCACUAUGAUGACAACCCUGAGAAUUAGCAAACAGAAAGACUGAGAGUGAAUGUACGGCGAUGCAGCUCAUCACAAGCUUUUUUGUACCUUUUCUUUUUUUAAUGUAACAACUUGCUAAGUCAGAAGUCCCCAAUUUCAGUAAUUCAAACUAGAA